AUGGUGGUCACCCUGCCACUCCCAAGUCAGAUAGUCAGGUACUGGCCGGGAGAAAUGGUCGACUUUCUCAUGUGGUUCGCUUUCUGGUCCUUCGCGGGCCUGCUGACAGUGCCGUGGCUAUUCUGCGUCUAUCAGCUUGUCACUCACCAACUUGGGCGGACGAAGCGCAUCAAGCAACUCCUGGACGAAGACUCUGCUCCCAAGGUCGUCAUUGUCAUGCCGUGCUAUAAGGAGGAGCCCGACGUCCUCAUAAAGGCCAUCAACUCUGUGGUUGACUGUGAUUAUCCGCCAUCAUGUAUCCACGUGUUCCUAUCAUUCGAUGGCGACCAAGAAGACGAACUUUACCUGACUUGUAUCGAAAAGCUUGGUGUGCCUUUGACGCUUGAGACCUAUCCCCAAAGCAUCGAUGUCGCCUAUAAGGAUGCUCGGAUCACAGUCUCGCGGUUUCCCCAUGGUGGCAAGCGAACCUGCCAAAAGGCGACCUACAAGCUGAUCGACAGAGUUUACUCCGAGUACCUCAAGAUGAACGACAACCUUUUCAUCCUCUUCAUUGACUCCGACUGCAUAUUGGACAGGAUGUGCCUGCAGAAUUUUCUCUACGACAUGGAGUUCAGCCCGGGGAACCAGCGCAACAUGCUCGCCAUGACUGGAGUUAUUACCUCUACAACCAAGAAGCACAGCAUCAUCACGCUCCUGCAGGACAUGGAGUACAUCCACGGACAGCUGUUUGAGCGCUCGGUCGAGUCGGGCUGCGGCUCGGUGACGUGCCUCCCGGGGGCACUGACGAUGCUGCGGUUCAGCGCGUUCCGGCGCAUGGCUAAGUACUACUUCGCGGGCAAGGCGGAGCACUGCGAGGACCUGUUCGACUUCGCCAAGGACCACCUGGGCGAGGACCGGUACCUGACGCACCUCUUCAUGAUCGGGGCCAAGCGGCGGUACCAGAUCCAGAUGUGCACGUCGGCGUUCUGCAAGACCGAGGCGGUGCAGACGUACGCGUCGCUGGUGAAACAGAGGCGGCGGUGGUUCCUGGGCUUCAUCACCAACGAGGCGUGCAUGCUGACCGACUGGCGGCUGUGGCGGCGGUACCCGGUGCUGGUGCUGUACCGCUUCUGCCAGAACACGAUCCGCACGACGGCGCUGCUCUUCUUCGUCAUGGUGCUGGCGCUGCUGUCGACCGAGAAGAGCCUCGCCGACCUACCUGUGGGCUUCAUCGCCAUCUCGCUCGGGCUCAACUGGCUCAUGAUGAUCUACUUCGGCGCCAAGCUGCGGCGCUACAAGAUCUGGCUGUAUCCCAUAAUGUUCGUUCUCAAUCCUUUCUUCAACUGGUACUACAUGGUGUACGGCAUUUUCACGGCCGGGCAGCGCACGUGGGGAGGCCCGCGGGCGGACGCCGGGGCGGCCGACAAGAACACGACGGUGCAGGAGGCGAUCGAGCACGCCGAGCAGACAGGCGACGACCUCAACAUCAAGCCCGAGACGUUCAUCCCGGCCGUGUUGGCGCAGGAGGAGGAGCAGGAGGCGCUCAGGGCGGGCAGUCUGAGCCGGGCCGCGAGCCGGAGGAGAAGGAGGGCCAGGAUGGAUGGCGCCCUGGGCCGGCAGAGGAGCGUGCUGCAGCCGCCGCCGCAGGUCGAGGGCCUGUUCGCCGCGCCGCUGAGGACCGAGGGCGGGGUCUAUAGGUACCCCGACCCCGGGACUGAGUCGAGCGGGAGCACCGACUUGUCGGCCGGGGACGCCAGGCCCAGGAGGAGGGCUGUUAUUGCCACUGCGAAGCAGGCUAGGCGGGACGAUAUCGAGAUGCGGGAGUCGUCUUUGGAGAGCACCUUGUCUAACAACACAGACAUGACCAAGGGCAAGGGCACGCUUAGUAGCGACGCUCACGGGUUCUCACAUAGGGACGAUCCGACCUCUGCGGCGUACAUGCCCCGCGGGUCGCCGCCGCCAGAGGUGGAGGAUCAGAACGACGCCUACAUCGUCGUCAUGAACGAGGAAGACAGCCGAAAGUACGAGAUGGCCCACGCGAGCCAAAUCAACCGGCUGUCGCACUCGCAGGCGUCCCAGGUCCGCCACAUGUACGACCACGCUGGCGCCGCCGAGACUGGCUACGCAGAGACGCUACCGGGCACACCGGUCAGUGGUUCGGGAGAGGGAGGCAGUGCGCCCAUGCGGGCGCAGGUCGGGUUCGCGGAGGGGUACCGAGACGUUGGCGGAGACCGGCUCAUGGUGCCUCAUGCUGGCGGUAGAAGGCGGGAGAGGGGGAGAAGUCCGCUGGCGAGCGAGGCUUUUGUGAGGGUACCAUUCGAGGAUGACACUGAGCUGGAGGAAGACGAGACGGGCUCGUCAAGCCAUCGUGGACGGGAGUAG